UGUCACUCAGAUUGAACUCGGCCAAAUUGGCUCCAUCAAUUUUUUGUAUUAAUUUUUUUUUUUAGUUUCCGGGAAAAUCUUUUCUUUUUCCCUCCCGAGAAAGCUAAUGCAAUAUAUUUCAUGAAUUGAAUCGCUUCUCUUAAAAACAAAAGAAGAUUUCACCAUAAAUCGAGCGAAACCUUGAACGUCGCUGCACCCUUCUCCCUCCUCCCUUCUCUAAUUCUGCGCUUAUUAGGGUUUUGUCUUAAUUUCUCGGCACUGCCACUCUUUUAUAAGGAGCAGAUGGAGUGAAUGGUCGAUUUUAUUGGAAGGACUUUAAAAGAAGAAGAUUGCACAAGAUAAUUUGUUUUUGGCCAAUACUCAUUUGCUUUUCUGUUAAAAUCAUUAGCUUUACGUUGUUGUUUGCAUGUGUGGUUCCGAAGAACUUAAUUGCUAUGUCAAAAGAUACAAAUGUUUCAAGUGAACACAAUAGAGAUGGACCUGAUUACUUUGGUUACUAUAAAUGUCGAGUUGAAAAGCUAUUAUCACAAGAUGAGGAUUUUCAGCUAUUUACUUCAUCCAAAGCUUUAGAGUUUUCUGGAAAAGAGUCUUGCCAAGUUAGAGGGGAGAAUGAUUAUGGAGCUUCUUGUUCUCUAUUUGGUAAUGGGGUAGGAAAUGAGCUAUCUGAUUUCAAAAGAGAAAGAUUGAGGACAUUGCUUCUUCAGGGUGUGAAUGUUCUUACACCAGAAGUUGAUGAGAUGCUAUAUCCAGUUGUACAAACGCGGGAGAUUCAAAUGCAUCGAAGAAACAGAAAGGCAUCAUCAAGUUUAGGUGUGGCAGCAAAUAAAGAUGGCACGGGCCAAUCUCCCCGUAAGAAACUUAAAAUUUCUCCUUUAGACCCUCAACUUGCAAGUCCAACUAAUCCUGGAUCAAAUGUUGCUCAUAAGAUUUCUGUCAAUGGGACAACUGGUCCGGAAGAAUCUAAGGUGAAUGAUGAUGAACAUCGACAGUUCCUGAUUGAUAACGAUAGUCCAGAGGUUGAGGAAAUAUUGCAGAAUGUUUCUGAUGAGCUAUCUUCAAAACUGGCACACAUGGACCAGCAGCUUGAAGAACUUCUUAAUGUCGUAGCGUCAGUGUGCAGGCCAAUGACCGUUCCUGAGAAAAAUCAGCUUCAAAAGAUGAUUAAGGAGUUGCCGCCUAAAAAUCUUGACCGUGUUGUGGAACUCAUUGCACAUGCAGAGAAAAGAUCUCAUGAUGAAAUUAAUGUAGAUCUUGAAAAAGAGAGUAACAUAACACUUUGGAGAUUGUAUUACUACGUUCAAGCAGUUGAGAAAGCUAGGAUGCCCUCGCUGUAGAUCUCAGCACGUUCUUGUUUUUGAGUAUCUUAUAAUGAUUUUGGUAAAUGAAAAUAGUCACUAACUGAAAAAGGCUUGAGAGCUAGGCUUUCUUUGGGCAGUAGUACCAACAUUUCUUUUGCGGAAUAGUGAAGUUAGAAAAAAUGAGUCUAUAGUUUGACCAGGUUAUAUUCAAAUGUGAGUAGUUUUGGUGAUUUUUGGCUUAAACGCAAGCCAUAAAGUACAUUAUUUGGGAAGUAUCGAGUUUAGCCAUAUCCUCAUUCUUCAAUGUCUAGACUUCUGAUGACUUUUCACAUGUGCUGGCAGUCAUGCUUUGCACUGUACAGAUUUUAGUUUAUGGCAUCGUUUUCCAAUACAAGUUUAAAUUCUCUAUUGUACAGUACAAUUUUUACUGGGAUUAAAAUGUUGGCAGGAAUGCUUCGAUACAGUCUAAUUCUUCUUUUUAUUGUCACAGCGUGUCAGGAAUGAAGUUGCUUGGAUCUUUAGGUAUAUUGUAAUUCAACAAAAUGACAAGUCAAAGUAGCAAAAAAUUCCUAUACUCGAA